CAUAUGGCAUCUUUCAAGAUUCUACACCAGUCGUCUAGACAGUGGAGAUUGGUGGACAACGUUGAGGAUGUUGGGCGAUAUUUGAACAACCGCAACAGCCCAAAGAAACGAUAUCUGCUGUCAGAGCACGAUGCAUUUUCCGAAGGAGAGACAUUCCCAGUUGAACUGAGCCAGUACUUCAAUACACCCUCGUACAUAUUUUCCAAUGUGUACCGCAAUUCAAACGGGUUCUUCUUUUUUCAAGAGAUGGUGGAUGAUAGAGGGGCAUUAAAGACUCUGUACACACAGUCUCGGUUUCUCGUAAAACAAAUCAAUCGCUGCUCUGUAUCCGGUUACCAAUGGUCAGAAAUGACAUUCUUCUCUUACUGGACAUCUGAACAUAGUACUAUUCUCUGCAUGGGGGUUCCUUCAUCUUUCUCGGGGUCUUUGACCUCAAUUCUCUCAAAAUUACCUGAGAACAAUAUCGCAUCGAGCGCUUACGCCGCGUAUGUUCCUCUUAUAGAGACACUUGUAACGAUGCACGACGGAUCUAUAUGGGACUUUCGAGACGAGAUUCGGAGUAUCGAAAAGGCUCGCUCGCCAUCAGAUUACAACACGUCCCCCUUCACCGCCAUGCACGACACCGCGCGUCACGCAAUCCACAGCGUAGAAACCCUCAGUGUAUCCGUAAAAACCCUCGAAGCAAUUUCUGCGCACAUCUCCGCCCUCUCACUGGCCGAUCAUCAGCAUCAUAGCUACCAUCAAGCUCUUCAAGCAAGGCGAAGAGUACAGACCCACAUCGCAUCGCAGACUUUGAUGCUUAAAAAUUUGCUAUUGCGUUCUCAGUCUAACGAGAAGCGCUUGCAGAAUGAGAUCUCGCUGUCAUACAAUAUGAUAGCGCUCCGCGAUAGUGGAAUCAUGACACGGAUCAGCGAGUCCGCAAAGCUCGACAGCAGCGACAUGCGCGCUAUCGCUCUUGUAACCAUGGCUUUCUUGCCUCCUACUUUCAUCUCGGCAGUCUUCAGCACUAGCUUCUUCCAUUACGAGCCCAGUAAUAGCAACGGAGUCGACGACUCGACGCAGUGGACAGUCUCGGGUCAUUUCUGGGUCUACUGGGCGUUUGCUAUACCCCUGACCCUUCUCACCAUGGGACUGUGGUUGUUCUGGGAGCGCGCGAGGAACAGGGUUUGGAACAAGGGGAAGGAAUUGAGAGGCGUCUGGAGAAAUUGA